AUGCACUCUCGCAAGAAAAAAAAAACCUCUCUAGCAGUACAUAACAAUUGAGCAUGUGCAGAGUGUCUCUACACGAUAUGUCUUAUCAGGAGAUAAGAGGGGAGCACUGGAAGAAGGGGAGGAUCAGAGAAGACAGGAUCAAACAGUCUUUUUACACAAUGCAGAGUAUUAACCCCUUAGAUUCCACAGUGAGUAUAACAAGCACACUCUAGUGCCAGGGGCGGACUGACAACUCAUGGGGCCCCGGGCAAUAGGGGAUCAUGGGGCCCCUUUGUCCUUGCCCAAACUCAAAAAAGCCUAU